UAUUCUCAACAAUGCUAUGAAUACUUUUCGACUAGAAGCUGAUUUCACGUGAUUUGAAUAGAAGAAAAUGUCUAUUACAAAUCAUCGAUUCAAAAUCCGAAGUUUAAAAAGUUGACUUCUUGUUAGUGAGCUCUAAAAUAUUUGCGAUCAAAGAUAUUUAUUAUAUUCAUGAAUCAAUGAGGACUGUUUAAAAUAUGAAUAUCUACUAAAUUUUGAUAUCAGAGCAUCAAUUAAAACAAAUUAAACUGGAUGAUCGUAGCUCGCAUUCAUUAGCUGUCCUAUUAUCGCUAUGCUUGCCUUGCAUUUGGUGUACAAAUAUCUAUUCGCAGAUAAGAGAACAUGGUAUCGAUUUGAAAUGAUAAAUAACCCUGAUGACAUUUGUCCCUACUUUCAUUUUCACUUUCUCAGAAAUCCCAUUGCACCCCACAUGCUUUAAAAAAGAAAAAGAGAGUCAGCGGUAUAUGUAUCACGACAGAGGUGACAGUAACAGUCUACAAUUCUCUAUAGAAAGUAAUACAAGCUGGUACAACUCAUUAUCAGAAGUUGACUGUACAUACCAAAAUUAUAAAGGCUCGAAGAAUUUGAAAAGCAAGCUUUAUCAAAAACUAACUUCGAUUGGGAAACGAAAUUCAUUUCACUACAUCAAAGGCGAAACGGAUAUCCUGAAAUUUUCGGGGGGCACUUUCCACGUACAUAAGAUCUUUGGGGAUGGAAAUUGCAUGUAUCGUUCAAUCAGUUACAUCAUAUGGGGAGACGAAAACGAGCACAGAUCGCUUAGAACAAUGGUAUAUUCGAAAAAGUUGAAACCUGUAAUUGGUUUCACCCUGCAAUCUUUUUCGCAGGUAGUAGAACACAUAAAUGAUAACUGGCGUGACUACGGUGCAUUCGUUAUGGCAGAAUGGAAUAUUUCCAAUAGACAAGAAUACUACGACUACAUGAUGGCUAAUGGCACGUAUGCUACGGAGUUGGAGUGCGUGGUAGCGACAAAAUUAUACCAUAUGAAUUUGGCAAUCUAUAGAGAAGUGGACGGAAGGGGUAACUUGGAGCGAAUUUUUCACAAUAGAGUGAACAAAAAUUAUCGUACGGCGAGAUUAUUGUUCAGCGGAAGAACGGAGAGUGGUCAUUAUGACGUAUUAAUCCCAGAUUAA